AUGGCGAAACUCUCUGGCUUUGGACGUCUAUUUGCGGCCCUCCUCGCCCUCCAACUCCUGCCAUGGAUCGUCGCGGUAGAUAUCAGCGACAUCUUCACAGUCCAGCGCGGCAAGGUAGCUGGAAGCUGCGAUGGCCAAAUGAACUUGCUAAAUAAUUGGCUUGCAGAAAGCACGCUCAGUGUCGAGCAGGCUUUGGACGCUAUUGACCGAUAUAAUUCGAAUCUAAAUGUCCGGAAGGCGAUGAACACCAUCUUUCAUAUCCAGAACCAGGGCAAGAUGCCGGCAUCCGGAAAAAGACGCGAGGGCUUCAAAACAGUUAAAAAUGAACUCGAGUGGGUGUACACAUUUUUCCAGGGAGGCCCGUACAAAAAGGAACAUUUUUGGCUCUUCUGUGACUGCACCUUUCUUGAAUCGCACCUGCCAUCCCAGCCAGCAUAUGAUUAUCUGGGCAACAAGAUCCAUGAUGACGACAAUGAAAUAGUCACCAUAGAAAAAGUAAAGGAAUAUAAGAAGGCGCUUGCAAGAGAGCCCAACGCCCGGCCAUGGUGGUCCGGCGCACAUAGCGCCCUCAAGGGGUACUAUUUUACAGAAAAGGGCGGCGAUUACUGCACCGAGAGCCAGUUGGCCGCCACAGCGCACAUCGAGGAGCUCAACCGACCCCUUCCCGCGGGAGAAGCCGAGAAGGUCGAAAUCGCGUCCGUCAUCCUCUGCCCAGAGUCGUUCAACACCACCCUCAGGCAGGCCAACUAUCGAGAUGCCAACAAUCUCAUCACCGACGGCACAAACCUCGCCGAUGGUGUUCCGAGAAGCGCUACCUUGCUUCACGAGGCGUUUCACGCGAUCCGCGGAGACGAUUUAUUUUCAGGCAAUGAUGAAUCAUGUGAGCAGCCUUUGUUUGGCCUUGGUCCUAACCCCUACUUGUAG